GCUCCACAGCGCCGACAAGCCCUCUCUUCCCUUUCUCUUCCUCCUCACUGCCGCCUUACGUUUCGUGAGAGUCCGCUCUUGACCCUUGCUACAUACAGACUAGCAACAAGAUGAAGACCACAGGUGUCAUCGCUCUAGUCUGUUUCGCCGUAGCCCUGUGCGAGGCAGCUCCUUCAGAAAUUGCUGCAGCAGAAGUCAGGGUGAAGCGCGACCACGGCGACGGCGGUGAAGGCGGCUUCGAGUACGGCGGCUUCGGCGCGGCUUCGGGCCACCACGGCUUCGGCGGCGGCUUCGGCGGCGGCCACGGCGGCGGCCACGGCGGACACGGACACAGCAUCGGCGCCGGACUCGUCUCGAUCGCUCAGGGCGCCGUGGACGCGGCCAGGAACGCCGUCUCCAACCAGCACGAGGCGGCGGGACAGGCCGCCUUCCAGGCCAAGAACCAGCUGGCGCAGAAUGCCGCCGCCGCCGCAGCCACCGCGCAGGCCGCCCUCGCAGGCAAGCAGGUGAUCGUGGCUAACCUGGAGCAGCAGGCGCGCGACACGCACGCCCAGGUGGAGUCGGAGCUGCUGCAGCUGGAGCAGGCGCAGCGCGCCGCCACGGCCGCCUCCCAGGCCGCCGCCCAAGCGCAGCACCAGGUGCGCGCCGUCACCGCUGCCCUCAACGCCGCGCAGGCCGCGGCAGACCAGGCGCAGCGCGCUCAGCAGGAGGCACAGGGCGAGCUGGCCUCGCAGUCCAACAUGGUGGCGGCGGCGCGCACGCGCCUGGGCCAGGUGGAGGGCCAGCUGCGCGACGCGCGCGCCGACCUGGAGGCGACGCAGCAGGCGGCGCUGCACGCGGCGGCCGCGGCCCAGGCGGCGCAGGCCAACGCCAACAAGCACGCGCACGGCCUGCACGCCGGCUUCCACGGCGACGGCGGCGCCGGCGCCGGCGCAGGCUUCGGCGGCGGCUACCACUACUAG